UGUGCAAAAUGAGCUUCUAAAGACCGAAAAGUUCUCUUUUGCUGGGUCUCACAAGUUGCUCCAGAGAGUACAAGUGUCACAUUGCUUAUCGUCAUGAAUAUGAUCACCAUUCUUUUGUGGGCUCUCGCACAUCAGGUCACAAGCCAAACUAAUGGUGAGCUUUCCUUUAGAUGUGUGCUGUAUUCUCAAUAUGAUUGAUUUGCAUUGUAUCCCUAAUCAAUACUGUCUCUGUUAAACAACUCAACGUUACAGAUAUUUCUAGUGCGAAGAUCCUGGCCCAGCAGAAAACUGUAAGCGAGAACAGCGACCUUUAUUUGACCUGCAGCACGUUUGGGAAAAAGAAAACGAUCCAGGUUACUGUUUAUUUAUGCAAGGAUGACCUUUUGGUUAGACAAAAAGACACAGAUGCAAGAUCAAGAUGAUACCACCUUCAUCAUACACAGAGUGGGUCGUCAUCAUAAUGGGAACUACAGCUGUGUCUACACCUCCUUGAAGGACGAUUUGCCUGCCAAAGUAACCAAGCAAAGACAUGCCAUUGAGAUUGUGGUUAUAUCCAAUUUUCUCCCUGCAGAUAUUUCAGUAGCUGGGCCGUCCACUGUCCAAGAGGGAGACGAUGUUGCAUUCAGGUGUUCUGUUUCUGGCCCCAUGCAAACACUCGGUGAAUGUCAGCUCAUACAGUCUUACCUGUUGAGAAAUGAAAUGAUAUUCCGAGUGCAAGCAUUUCAUGUCGCCCAGAUGGAGGCGAUUUUCAUCAUCGAGGGUGCCGUGGUGAGGGAUUCAGGCCCUUACAGCUGUGUGGUGCUGCCAUCUAAAUGCAUCAAGGACAGUGAGAAAACACUGUAUGGAAAUAACACAGUACUAGUCGAGGUCCAAGAAAGUUUGAUCUUUAGGGUGAUGGGGUCUUUAGGAGUGGUAGCCGUGAUGAUAUUACUGGGUCUGGGUCUAGGUCUGUUUUGGAUCAACAGACAAGGAUGCCUCUCAGUUUCAAAAUCAUGUGCAGAGGGUCAGCAGGCGGAUGCAGACAGGGUGGAGGAACAGCAGGUGCAGAGAGAGGGAGAGGAUCUGGAAGUUCAAUAUGAUUCCUUCAACGAGGAUCAGGACGAAGACUAUCAGAACCUAGGUGUAGAGGAGUUAAUUUACCCUCCCGAUCUUGAAGGAGUGUACAGUGUUGCAGAGGAUCCACCUGCAGGAACAGAUCCAUCAGGUCUGUAUGCCAAGUCAUACAGCAACAAAAAGAAAAGUCCUCGUCUUCCCUGAUUGAAACUGGAACACGUGCCUGUGAUGCGAAGGAACUCGUUUUCUGAAAGUACAGUGCCUCAACAACACCUCAACGCGAAAUGAUUACUCUCUAAUAAUUGAUAAGCAAUAAAGCAGGAGUAGGAUCAAAAUAAAUGAACACGUGGAUCCUUUGAAGAUUUAAGAGGAUUACAUUUACUUUUGCAUAUAAUACAGAAAUUAAUAUUCAAAAAAAGAGAGAGAGUUCAGACCAUGUUGUACAAUCAGUGUCUUAUAACUUUCCUACAGUUUGUUGGUAAUAGUCAUUACUGCAGCUGGUGUAAAUUGUGUAAAUUGUGUUGAUUGAUUUGAAUAUUAAACAUUUAGAAAAAAUGAA